CCCACAGAUGGCGCUCUGGCCUAUAAACUAUCGAUAGUCACACUUCUAUUUAUCGGCUGCUUCUUCUUCAUCCUUGAAACAUUAAUUAAUUUCACACCAAGGAAAAGGUCACAAAGGCAGACAAAAAGCAACAGCAGGAAGCCAAAAACCAAACCGUAACACCCACAAGGAACGAGGAGUGCCACAAAAAUGGGCAACAAGCAGAUUAAGCAGCACCUGGAAACGGCCCAGAAGACGGGCAUACUGAAGAUAUCGCUGCAACGCCUCCAGGAGUUCCCGCCCCAACUGAAGGCCUACCCCAAUGUACUGAAGACCCUGGAUCUGUCCGAGAAUCGGUUCGAACGUGUCCCCGACGAGCUGGGCAAGCUGACGCUGCUGAAGCACCUGAAUCUGAGCGGCAACAAGCUGGCUGAGCUGAACGAAGUGGUCGGCGAACUGGUCAAGCUGGAGGUGCUCCUGCUGAUGGACAAUCUGCUGACACGACUGCCCAAGACGCUGGCCAACUGCACCCACCUGAAGACCGUCAAUCUGAGUCACAACCAGCUGAAGGAGUUCCCGUCCAUGUUGUGCGGCCUGAAGCAAUUGGAUGUCCUGGAUCUGUCGCGCAACCGAAUCACCGAGGUGCCCUCGGAGGUGGGCGGGCUGUAUGUCACCGAGCUGAACCUCAAUCAGAACCAGAUCUCCACGUUGGCCGAGGAUGUGGCCGACUGUCCGAAGCUGAAGACCCUGCGGCUGGAGGAGAACUGUCUACAGGCGAGCGCCUUCACGCCACGCAUCCUCAAGGAUUCUAAAAUCUGUAAUCUAGCCGUGGACGGCAACCUCUUUCAGUCCAAGCAGUUCACCGAUCUCGAUGGCUACGACGUCUACAUGGAACGCUAUACGGCGGUGAAAAAGAAGAUGUUCUAGAUUCUUGCACCUUUCCCCUAAUCCUCUAGAGAGAUUCCCUCUUUAUAUUUGAAUAUAUAUUAUAUAUGUGUGUGUGUGUAUGUUUCCUAAUCCUGAACAGAUCCCUAUCCCUAUCCCUGCCAUUAAUUUAUGAUCAUAAAUAGCUUAAUUUUAUGCCUCCAGAGAGAUGCGUUCGAGAAGAAAAGACUCGAAAUGGACGUGGAAUCGAGGAUAUAUAUCUUUGUAGCAGUGAUAUUAGGGAACUCCGAUUACAGAUUUUCCGAUUUUCUAUCAAAUCUAAGAUUUAUCACAAAAA